CCCCACAUUAAUCCUGCUCUCUCUCUCUCUCUAUAUAUAUAUAUAUUCCCUGCCAUAGAAAUUGUUGCGCCUUCCUCGUUCAGUCCGUUCCUUUUUUCCGCAGCAGUGUUAAUCUGAGUUAAUGAACUGUUGACAAAGAAAAUGGUGAUGGUAUGGAUGAAGAAGACGGACUCUGAAGUUAGUGUGCGAGGUUUGGACAUGGCGGGGCCAUGGAAUGGGAACUUGAAGAGAAAGCUGCAGGUGAUGGCCGAUUCUCAGGCAAAGGAAAAAGCCCCGUUGCCGCUGGUGGUGGAUUUCAUGACCCAGAGGCAUCAGUCGAGUCUUGUUCUAGAUAAAUCCAUAGAGAAUGAACUGAAGCACAGGAAGCUUCGGAGGAUGUUAUCCAACAGGCUUUCAGCUCAGAGGGCCGGCCAGAAGCAAUUCAGCUAUUUGGAGUACUUGAAUAACUCUGCCGACCAAUUACAGAAAUGUAUAAGAGAGAUGUGGGCACAAGUGGAGGCUAUCAAAGAGCGGAACAAAGCUCUCCACCGUGAAGGAGAUGCCCUCCAUAACCUCGUUCGGGGAUGGUUACAGUGCUGAUUUGAAAAAAAUCAGUAUUAUGCUGAUUUUUCACAUCAGCACGCGUUAUAUAUAUAAGUGUGUUGUUUUUUAAUAAUAAGAAGUGUGUUAUAUACAAGUAUGUCAUGUACUAAAAUCAACUGUUGCGUGUGCUGUAUGAGACUAUAGCAUGUGUUGUUAGUUCAUGUGUUAUAUUUGUGUUAUAUUAACAUAUACAAUGUGUUGUCUGUAGUAAUAUUUUGUGUUGUCUGUA